AGCGCGUCCCGGAGCCCGUCGGACCGCGCAGCUCCCGCACGUACUUUCAAAUAGGGAGCGGGGAAGCGGCGCUCCGGAGGUGGCGCUGUCAUCGCUCCCGGUCCCUCGGUUCAGCCGCUUGUCUGUGCGGUGUGUCGGCAAGUUUAACUACCUGUAGAACCUAAAGAUGGCUGUGAGCGUCACGCCGAUUCGGGACACAAAAUGGCUAACGCUGGAAGUGUGUAGGGAGUUCCAAAGAGGGACUUGCUCACGGCCAGACACGGAAUGUAAAUUUGCACACCCAUCGAAAAGCUGCCAAGUUGAGAACGGACGCGUAAUCGCCUGCUUUGAUUCGUUGAAAGGUCGAUGUUCAAGGGAAAACUGCAAAUACCUUCACCCACCACCACACUUAAAAACGCAGCUGGAGAUAAAUGGACGCAAUAACCUGAUUCAGCAGAAGAACAUGGCCAUGCUGGCCCAGCAGAUGCAGCUUGCCAACGCCAUGAUGCCUGGUGCCCCCUUGCAGCCUGUGCCGAUGUUCUCAGUCGCGCCCAGCUUAGCCACCAACGCCUCGGCCGCCUUUAACCCCUACCUGGGGCCCGUGUCCCCGGGGCUGGUCCCAGCGGAGAUCCUGCCCACCGCCCCCAUGCUGGUGGCGGGCAACCCCGGCGUCCCGGUUCCUGCCGCUGCUGCCGCUGCCGCCCAGAAGCUAAUGAGGACAGACAGGCUGGAGGUGUGUCGGGAGUACCAGCGUGGGAACUGCAACCGGGGGGAGAACGACUGCCGGUUCGCCCACCCCGCCGACAGCGCCAUGAUCGAUACCAACGAUAACACCGUUACGGUCUGCAUGGAUUACAUCAAAGGGAGAUGCUCACGGGAAAAGUGCAAAUAUUUCCACCCUCCGGCACAUCUGCAAGCCAAGAUCAAGGCCGCCCAGUACCAGGUUAACCAGGCUGCAGCUGCCCAGGCAGCAGCGACGGCAGCUGCCAUGACUCAGUCGGCUGUCAAAUCACUGAAGCGACCCCUCGAGGCAACCUUUGACCUGGGAAUUCCUCAAGCUGUACUUCCCCCAUUACCAAAGAGGCCUGCGCUUGAAAAAACCAAUGGUGCCACCGCAGUGUUUAAUACUGGUAUUUUCCAAUACCAGCAAGCUCUUGCCAACAUGCAGUUGCAGCAGCAUACAGCCUUUCUCCCACCAGGCUCAAUAUUGUGCAUGACACCCGCUACAAGUGUUGAUACCCAUAAUAUCUGCCGAACAUCUGACUAGCCACAAGUAUGUUACACAGAUGUAGACAUUUUGUCAUCAAACAAUCAUAACUAAGGAGAAAAGGACAGUGUGUUUGGGUUGAGAAAAGGACAAGUUCAUUAGCCAUAAUGUAUAUACCGUCAAGCAACACUCGGAAACUCCCUCAGCAGUAAGACAUCCACACAUUGCAUGUUAACGAGAUGAAACAAGAACUUGGAAAUCCACUGCACACUGUUGCCUAUAUACUUUGUACAUUUAAUUGAUAUUUGUGCUGAGGUGAUCUUAUUGUCUAAAAACUACAACAUCGUCUAUCUUUUCUAGCACAGAAGUAUGCAUAUGUAUUUGAAUAUGCAUAUGUAGUCUAUUUCCUACAUAAUCAUGUAUGUCACCUUGAAAAGACAGACUAUGGUGUAACCAUAAAUCUAUUAUGUAUUGGUACGUCUGUAGACCAAGAUAUAAUUUUUUAAAGUAAGUUUAUUUCUUUCAAGGUUUACAAAUAACAAAGGUGCACCUUGUAUUUAAAAUUGCCAUUAUAGAUGAGAGCGUGCAUGCACAGUAAUUUUUGUUUAAGAGUAAUAUUUUUAAUGUAAUAGAUUGUAAGAAGUGGUAAGAGAGGUAUCUGACAGAGAUGAAUGUGCCAAGCAAAACCACAACUGUGUAUAUUUUAAAGCACAUCAAUGGCUUUAAGUACCAUGUUGUUAAGGAUUCUCAUGAAGUGCCAUAGACUGUACAUCAGAUUAGAGUAUUAUUUCUGCAGUGUUAUUUUCAGAACCACAUUUUCACUUACUUUACUACUACUAAUCAGUCAAAGGGCACCAUUCUGUUUCAAAACCAAAGCUGUCUCAGAAAUGGCCAAUUACUCCUUACAGUAACGUUAGACAGCACAAGAGAGAUAUUCUAGCCGUACAAAUUAACCCAUACUGGACAUAUAUAUAAACUAUUUUAAGGCAUUAUAGUGUAAUAUUUAUGCGUAUUUUACUGUAUAACAUGAUAUAUGAAAGGGAAAAGCCAUUUCUGAGACACAGUAACACAUGUUUGAGGAACUUAUUUUGCUUCUAUUUAUAGCCUCUGUCGAAAGUCAAAAGGACUAUAAAUGCUUUGCAGAGAUGGGUUUCACUUUUACUUCAUCAAAGUCACGCAUUAAAUAGUGACUCUAAACAAAGACGAAAGAAGCACUGACAUCAGAUGCAUGACAAACCAAAACAUGAAAAAGUGGAGAUGUUAAUUAGCAUAGAAAUUGGGUGGGUUAAAUACUCGGGUGAGUUUUAUAUGUGACUUUUUUUGUUCAGAUUAACUGCUUAUAGCCUUAGAAAGCCUUUACAAAAUAAAAACAAAAAAUAGAUGUGCAUUCAAGUUCUAAGAAUGGAUUCAUCCAAAGGAAUUCCUUUUUGUGGUUUGGAUGUUGCAGCUAGUAAAGGAUAUUUUUGCUCUGUUCAGCAAAGUGCUGAAGUGGGGGCCAGGUCACUGGUAGCAUAGCGUGGAGUGGAAGAAGCGCGAGUUCGGUUGUAGAACUCUCCAUACUUCCAAGUUUACUGCAAGUUUUUAUGCUUGAGAGAGAUGCUUUAUAGUAUAAGAAUGAUGUGUUGAUUUUACUGAUUGUACUGUACAUCUAUUAAAGCCUUAGAUUAUUACAUUACGGGUUAAAACCCAUACCAAUGUAAUUUCAAUCGUGUUAAGAAAGUAUAGGUGACUUCACAUGUUAUUGUAGUUACUUAACAUUAUAGAAUAUUACUUAUUUUUUUCUUGUUAAAAGUGUAGUUUUUAUUUCUUACAUUUAUUAGAUUGUUUUCAUUUUCUAUUACCAGUUGAAUACCAUUUCAGUUUAUAGAAUUUUGUUUUAUUAGAGUUUACUGAUGAAUUUUUCAAAAUACAAAAAAAAAAAGUAGUUUUCUUCAUAACAUACUCAGUUUUGAAUUUACAUGUAGUGUCAUAUGAAUAUUCGUAUUAUUGUUGACUAAAUGAUUUAUAUUUUACUGAUUUAAUAUUACAAUGUAAGAAUGUCAGUCAUUGUUAGUUCUUGUCUAGUUUUCAUUAAAAGAACAAAGAUCUUUUAUAUGGAUAUCUUAUAAUUAUAUAAUCAUUGCUAAGUAAGAAGUUAAGUUGUUGCUAUCGCAACAAUCCUGGCAGACAAUUGAGUAAUAUUUUGAUGAUUUAUUUUGUUUGUAAUUAGUUAUUAUGAGAAAAUCUAGUUCCUAGAUAUUAGAAUAAAAUUUAUUUUCUACUGUAUCCAUUUCAAAUGUUAAAAUAUUGUUUAAAUAUUUUUUGAAAUCCCUGAAUAUCAGGCCUUGUUAUAAAUAAGCUGCAUAAUCAAUAGAUCAAGGGACGUUUUGUGGAUAAUCCAAAUAUUCAAAGUUUACGUAACAAGAAUUAUAGUGUGUGUGUGCAAACUCUUGAGGGUUGAUUAUGCUGCAGUUUAGCAUGUGGGAACGUAUAGAGAGAAGGUUGACUUUUUGCACUUCUGUAUAUAGUCAAAAAAGAGAGAAACCUGUAUAAUAGUAAGAUCUUAUUUUGAAUAAAAAUGUCUAUAAUUACAAGGAGUUUUGUUAAGGCUAAUAAAAUGACAGGCUGAACAAAAUUGCUUGCAAAAGUGGCACAGAGUUAGCACUCCAUACCCCUUCAAAAAAGUUGCUUUGCUUUAUGUGGACAGCUUGUAGUUUGCCAGGAUUUUUUCAGCUGGAAAGAUAUGCCAUCCUUCCAAGAUCUCAUGACUGACAAAAGCUCCACUGGUUCAAAUCUGCCUGAAAAUCAUUAAUAAAAAAAAAAAAAAGAAAAAAAAAGAAAAAAAAAGCAAAAAAAAGCAGGUACUUCAAACCAUCAAGGUGAAAUCAUGGAUCAAAUAUUCCGUACAUUAUUCAAAAACUACUGCAUGUUUAAAGUAUCAAAAAUAUAUUAAAGGUAUAUACUAUUCAAACCAGUUUCUGACAAUUUCAGUGGUUUAUUGUUCACAAAAAAGAUUCUUCAAAACAAAUACUGACUUUCACAAAAAAGUUAAAUCAUGAACAGGCAAACCAAACAGCACACCGUAGCUGUAGUUGUUAUGUGAUUAUUUUUUAUUGCUGUAGUGGUCCUGUUCUUUUAGCAGGUGAAAAAAAAACAACUAUGAAAUUUUACAGUUUUAAUGGAAAGCAUUCAAGAAGCCUUGUCAUUAUUUAUGCCAAAGCUGGAAAGAAAAAGUGAUCGGGCCAUUCCUUUAUCUGAUCUCUCCAGUACUCAUACUGAAUAAUGAAUAAGUUGCACUUAUUUGCAACCCCGCAACUUUCAUCUGCUGAAAGGACAGAUGUGCUUGGUUUUACUAUUAUGUAAUCACAGACUUACUUUUUGCUUGUAGUUGCUCCAAAUUAUGUACUCUGUCCUGGGCUGCAAUUUGUUUUUAUGCUUAUUUUAUUAUUACUGCUAUAGUUGACCUUGCUGUAUGGAAAAAUAAAGUGAAAUUGCCCUAA